AUGGGGUUACAAAACCAGCUCUCCGAUAUGUCAUCUGAAUCAAUCAUCGUACUCAUGGCAGUACUAAUCGGCAAGAGCGUACGUUAUCUUCGCUCCGUUCUCUUCACUAUUAUGCACGGCAUCGACCCGGCCGAUUGCCACCAUUCCGGCAUCUCCAUGUGCGAUUUCGUCGGCUCUGGUCUGGCGGGGGUUGUCCUUCUAUGCGAGCAGCUCAAUCUCAAUCCGGUCUGCUCGUACCCGUACAAAUCGGACGAAGACGGUGGCGUUGACCACCGGUUCGGGUCGGAUUGCGUGGUCUGCCUGAACCGGAUGGGGGAUGGGGACCGCCUGCGCAAGCUGGCCGCGUGCCGCCACGUUUUCCACAAGGAUUGCAUCGACGGCUGGCUCGGUCACCUCAACUUCGGCUGUCCACUCUGCCGCGCGCCGCUGGUGUCCGACGAGCGUGUUGACUACACGAGGAGGCGCGUGGCUGGUGAUCUUCUGACUUGGUUCCCUUUACAAUGA